AUGAGGAGACAUUUUGGAUUCAUACAAUUUAACAGUGCCUUUGACUUGUCAGCCAAUUCCGCUGAAUUCUCUUUCCUUCUCAUCUUUCAGUACACAAGGGUCUGGAUCCCUGACCCAGAUGAAGUGUGGCGCUCAGGUGAAUUAACCAAGGACUACAAAGAGGGGGAUAAAAGCCUGCAGCUCAGACUGGAAGAUGACACAAUCCUGGAAUACCCAAUUGAUGUUCAAAAUAACCAUCUGCCAUUCUUACGGAAUCCAGACAUCUUAGUAGGAGAAAAUGACCUCACUGCACUCAGCCAUCUCCACGAGCCUGCAGUUCUGCAUAACUUAAAAGUCCGUUUCCUGGAGUCCAACCACAUCUACACUUACUGUGGAAUUGUGCUUGUUGCCAUCAAUCCAUAUGAGCAGCUGCCAAUCUAUGGACAAGAUGUCAUCUAUGCCUACAGUGGCCAAAAUAUGGGUGACAUGGACCCUCACAUCUUUGCUGUGGCAGAAGAAGCCUACAAGCAGAUGGCCAGGCUCUCCUCAGCCAGUGGGAUCCAUAUCAUGCCAUAUUCUGAACUCUCUCUGGCCAUGAUGUUUAUUGAAUCUGCAGACUUGACUCACAGUAGCCAAGCUGAAACUAAUAGACAUUGA